UGGGAUGAUAAUAAAUAUAGAUUUCCAAUACUUGCUAAAAUAGCACAAGAUUAUCUUGCAAUUCAAGGAUCUAGUGUUUCUUGUAAAGAAAUAUUUUCUACUGCCUCAAUAACACUUUCAAAACUUCGCAAUCAACUUAAUCCUGAUAUUGCUUAUGCAUCACUUUGCUUAAAAAAUUGGAUGGAAAAUAAUAUUGGAAUAUAUAAAAAAAAUUAA